AUGCUGUCUCUUCGCACACUUGCACGCUCUGUGCCUCGCACCAUCACGCGGUCCAUCGCUACCACCUCCCGGUCUUCCUUCCUGUCCGUCCCCAAAAAUGGCUUGCUGCAAGCUUCGUUGAAGCAGGCUACCAGACCUUCUUAUGCCGCUUUCUCGACAUCCAGUGUCUUCAGACAGUCUCCUGCUGAGGGUGACGUCGAACUUGUUGCCAAGCUUGAGGAUGAAUUGAAGCACGAGAAGGCCUCCGGAUUGGAGGACCUUGAGACCUCCGUUCAGAACAUCCAGUACGUUCUGCAAAACAACUCCUGGGAGGUCAAGGACAUCCCCGGCGAACAGGAAAUCAUCCUGACCAAGAAGUUUGGCAAGGAGGAAAUUCGCCUCACUUUUACGGUUGCCGACCUCCAGAACCUGAGCGAGCAGGAGGACUUCGAUGACAGCGCCUUCGCCGAUGAGAUGGACUUCCAGGGCCACCAGCCUGUUAACCAGGGCCGUGGUGGUGCUGGUGGUGUUACCCAGCACCCUGAGGAUCAUGUCGCUCCCGCUGAUCGUGAAUUGGAAGAUCUCGACCGCGACAUGGAGCCUAGCUUCCCUGCCCGUGUCAACAUCACUGUCGAGAAGCCCGGCAACGGCUCCCUCCUGAUCCAGACCGUUGCUCAAGAUGGUCUGUUCCAGAUCGAGGAGGUCUCUUAUUUCAACAAGCCCGACUUGGCUCAUGCCCAGACCGCUGAGCAGGACUGGACAAGACAGAGCCUCUAUGCUGGCCCUCCCUUUGAGAACUUGGACGAGGAUCUGCAGACCUACCUCGAGCGUUACCUUGAGGAGAGAGGCAUCAAUGCUGAGCUUGCCAACAUGAUCCCCGACUAUAUCCAGGUCAAGGAGCAGAAGGAAUAUGUCCGCUGGCUCGAGAGCGUCAAGAACUUCGUUGCUGCUUAA